AUGACCAAUUCGGCGGCGGUCGCGGCGGAUAUCGUGAUGUUUGUGAGGGAGACUAUCAUUAGACAUGAGCAGCUCCGCGAGAGUAUCUUGACUCGAUUGGCCGAAAGUCUGAAUGAGAUACGCCAGUCACGUGUGAUAAGAGGCUGCCUAUGGUUGUUGGGAGAAUUCUCGCCAGAUUGCGGCAAGGAGCUCUCGCAAAGUGUGUUGGAGGAGAUCGUUGACUGUGUGUCGCCGUUACCAAUCAAACCGAAGGCUACAGAGGCGGAGAAGGACGAGAAAGCGAAGGGACCUGUGGAGACGGGUACUAAGGUAACUACUCGCACUGUGGUGCUGGCUGAUGGCACUUAUGCGAAUGAGACAGUAUAUGAUGGUGGCGCGGCAGCAGAGGAGGAUAGGAAUGAUAAGGAGUCGAAGACGCCGAUGCGUAAAUUGAUAGCUGAAGGAGAUUCGUUAUUGGCUACAAUGGUUGGAGUGACAGCGACUAAGCUGCUCGUCAAGGGAGGUGUGCUUCACAGUUGCCCAGUAGUUGUGAAGAAUCAGAUCUGCUUCCUCCUUGCCAACCUGGUGAGGCUUUGUGAGAACCUCUCUAAACAGGAAGGCGCGAGCGACAUCGAAAAUGCAUCGGGUGGAGCAGUGAAUGGCAGAGUGACGGAUACCGAUGCCGUCAGUCGACUGACGCAGUGCAUCAGGGCUAUUGUUGCUCCUAACAAGAGCAUCGAACGCAGUUUCAAACGAGAGUGGGGUUCAGGCAACCAAGCGAGAAAUGCUCUGAAACAGGUCCUUGAGUUGGAAGCAGGAGAAGACCCGGCUAAAGCUGAGGAGAGCGCCAUGCGGAGCGCCAGCAAGCAACCAGAUGACCUUGUUUUCUUCAGGCAGUUGAAACCAGGCGCGACUGUUGAUGAUGAUGGUGAUGACGCCGGUUGUGACCUGUUCGAAAGCGAUGAUGCUUCUAUGCUGACCGCCUCGACGGCUGACGGUUCCCCGACCAGCGAGUUGGAGACGGGUGCACUAUUCGCUGAACGUUUGGACAAGGUAUUGCCAAUGACGGGUUUGGCCGACCCAGUUUAUGUUGAAGGCUUCCUCAGAGUUCACAGCUUUGACUUGGUUCUAGAAUUGAACGUUUUCAAUCGCACCAAUACUACCCUGCAGAACAUUCAGGUCGAACUGAGCACUCAAGGUGACUUGAAGAUCGUGGAAAGACCUCAGUGUGUGACGUUGGCGCCGGGAGCUCAUGCUGUUCUUUAUGCGACGAUCAAGGUAUCGUCUACCGAGACAGGCGUCAUUUACGGCUAUGUGGCUUAUGAUAUGAAAUCGGCUGAUGACAAGGAAUCUUUGGUCUUGAAUGAGUUACAUGUUGAUAUUCUGGACUACAUUGAAAGAGCUUGGGUGAAUGAGUUGAAUUUCCGAACGAUGUGGUCCGAAUUUGAGUGGGAGAAUAAGAUCAAUAUCACCAAUACGAGUGUGGAGCCCCGGGAGUUCCUGGCCAACCUUAUGGAGAACACAAACAUGAGCAUAGUUGGCAGGAGGGAGGUUCGCGCCAAUGUGAAGACUGGGGAAGAAACUCACACUGCUAAGAAGGCACUAGUGAAGGCUGAGGUUACUAGAGAGCUGAAUGAGUCGAGUAGCCUGUCGAAGCUACUGGGACCGCAGUCGAAGUUCGUGGCUGUGAAUCUAUAUGCUCGAUCGAUUUUCGGCGAAGACGCUUUGGCCAACGUCUCGCUUGAGAAGAAUCCUGACGGUUCCUUGAGCGGUUCAGUGAGGAUUCGUUCGAGGACGCAAGGCAUUGCGCUGAGUCUGGGAGAUCGGAUUACACUUAUUCAAAGGAAGCAGCAACAGAAGCAGAGUCAGAAGAAGUCAUCGGCUAAGCGGAGCGAAGCGAAAAAGCCGAUACCCGAGGCACCACAGUUGCUGUAGAUGGAGGAAACCCAUUUUUAGGCGCGUUGCUGUUGAUGAUGGUGGUGAGCAGGGGGACA